CUCGCUGAGCGUUGGAGCGGGAGGUUAUCGCUGUGAGAGCGUCUGUUGUCAGCUCGCGACGUCGCAAACGUGGGUUGUGAAUCCGUUACACCGGUUUUGAGGUUAUGUUCUAUCCGCGCUGACACACUACACUACCGGUACCGCGUACUAAUUCAAUCUAGUUCACCCAAAUUGCACCUAGUUUAAACUUCUGGUUUAAUUAUUAUUACAGUAUUAUUAAUUUUACCUAGUGCAGAAGAACGAUGAGAUGAACCAAUUGUGUGAUAAGUGACAAAUUUGUGGAGUGUUGUGAACAUGUCGGAUACAAAAACGUCGUCAACUGAGGCGACAGAUGAUGGUGAUCCGAUGCAGAAGCCUGCGACCUCCUCUUCCUCCUCACUGGCCAGCAAGUCUGAGCUCAACGUCGCCGGUAGCGAACCCCAACUGUUGCAUGUCAUCAGUUUGCUGCAAAAGAAGCGAGCGGCGGCAGCAGCAGCGGGGGCGGUGGGGGCGGCAGUGGGCGAUUUGCCGCCUCCAGGGGGUGGACGAAGGUGCUCACUUUCCACCAUGGCUUUAACCAGCGAAAACAACAACAAUGACAGCAAAAAGGAUACAAGCAGCAACAGCCUGCAACUGCCAGGCGUGGCGCCACACCACCGCCGCAAGUUCAGCUUCCCAGCCGCGCUGCAGUCCAACCUGUUGGGCGGACUAGACGCAACGUUGCCAGCUCGUCGCCGACUGAGCAACGUGAGCGACGCGGUCACACGCAAGUUUUCCAACACGAUUGGCUGGCGAUCAGCCAUUCCCGUCGACCACAUUGUGCAGCAAGGGCGGACUCUGUGCGGACAGUAUGUGCGCUGUCGCCUCAAACGGUCCGGCCUGUUCAGUCGCAAGUGCGGACUGCAGCGGCUCAGAAGCGCCGCCAGUCUGCCUGGCGGCUAUGUUGUGCGGGAGGUAUUUCCGGAGAUGUUGGGCGUAGGGGUGGAGCUGGAGCGAAUGCACCCCAAACUGUACGCAGGGGUGGCGCGGCAGGCGUGGAGUAGUGGGGGGUGCGGGGGUGUGCUGGCCUCUGACAAGGCCGCCUCUCAGCUGUUGCUGGCCAUCGCAAGGGAGCUGCUACGCACCGAGCCCACCUGGGCCAAGGUGGUGUCGCUGUACGCGGUGGCGGGGGGUUUGGCGGUGGACUGCGUGCGGCAGGGUCACCCCGAGUACUUGGGAUCCAUCGUCGAGUCAAUGGGAGAUGUCCUCGAAGAGGAUCUUGCUGUCUGGAUUGCCGACAACGGUGGAUGGCCCGGCCUUCUGAACUACUGCAGGCCUCCAGCUAAUGACUAUUCGUUUGGUGCUACGGUAAUGUUGGUGACAGCGGUCGUAUUCAGCACUUUGCUACUUAUUCUAUUCCUUCGAUGGUUUGGCAAGUUUACGCCGCUUUAAAAUGAACUGACUGAUAGGAUAUGAACAAUUAAAAUCUCAACCAGUGAUAUUUUUCAAAGUACAAUUAAUGUUAUUAGUUGAUAGUAAAAUAUACACUAUUAUUGAUAUAUAAUAUCGAAAUCGCCGUUGAUAGUUUACUGGUAAAACUAGUAAAAAUAUUAUAGUUAUAGUAGUUUAUGUACUGUAUUAUAAUUAUUAUUAGAACAUGCCAACAGUCCAACUGUGAUGUUUGUAAAACAAUUACCUAGGUACUAAUAAUGUGAAAGUAUGUACAUUAUAAAAAUGAGUAUUAGUAGAAUUUCGCCAACAACGGUGCUAUUGAUAGGCUACUAGAAUAAGUAGAUUUUUUCUAAUGAUUGUUAAUGGACCUUGAAGUUUGUAAAGUUUUAUUUUUUACUUUUGUGUAGAUUUAAAGAUGUGAAUUAUUUGAUGAUUUUUUAAAUUGUUUUAUUAUUAAAUGAUAGAAGUAAAUAAUCAAGAUCUAAUCCUGUAUUGGAUCUCUCGAUCAUCAAGUGAUCAUAAUUAUGAUAGUGCAAUACAUACCUCUAUACAAUGGAGGGAAUAAUAUUUGUGAAUAUUGAUAGAGAACGUUGAAAACCAUUCAAUUCUAUAACCAUCACAAAUCUUUAAGGAGUACCAUUUCAAACAUGCAAUUUAUUCAAUAGUUAUAAGUAGUACCGUAAAAGUACACAACUUUAAUAUGACUUGUCACUUGCACUUCAAUAUCCCUAAACCUCUUUCAUUUUCAUCCUCCUCUAUGUUGAAAUUCGUUAUUUUAAUAAUUAGGCACCAUAGUACACUAGUGAUUUCCGUCCAAGGGAGACUUCUAAUAGACAAAUAGAGGUACAUUGCUAAUAAUAUUUUUUCAAGAAAUUACUAGAUUUUCUUUGGCUAUUUCAAUCAGCUUCCAUCAACUUUGCUUUCAAGAAGUAUCUCCAGUAUAUAUAGAGAUCACCUUCACAUCACAUUAAAAAGUAAAAGUAUUGAGAAAUGAGUUGCUUGAUUAUAUUGAUUUGAAAGUUUCGUUCCCGUCUUCCAUCUCAGAUUUAGAAAUCCUUACAAAUAUACUGUAUUUAGUUCAGCAUAUCGCAGAUAUAAUAUAUUGUUUAUCUGUGAUAAAAUAUACCUACCGGUAUAUAUAUGUAUGCUGUGUCUUCCAUAUUUACUUAUUCAUUCAUACAUACAACAUGAAAAUAAUAAUGUAAUAUUUUAAAUAGACUACUCCACUCAUCGAUGAUAUUAUAUGUAAGCACUGUGUUAUUUAUCAGAGUAUCUUGUCUAAAAACAAAGUCACAUAAGAUUAGUAAAACUCAAUAUGAAACGAAAUUAUUAUUUUAAGUAGGCCUACAAAGUGUGCAAUUGAUAUAGGUAUGGUUCAUGAACUACCUUAAGGUAUAAUUAUUAUGAAAUUAUAUGGAUAAGAUUACCUACCCUAUUAUCGUUAAUUUAAUUUGUAAAUGGAAAAAUUAAAUACGUACUAAAAUAAACUAAUUUCUGUGGUU